GGAAACAGAAACAUUGUAUACACAAGAUGGGGAAAGAAGAUAUGUCCAUCCAACACAAAACUUGUUUAUUCUGGAUACGCUGGAGGAUCAUAUUAUAAUCAUAAAGGAGCAGCUGUAGAUCCCCUUUGUUUACCGAGGGAUCCAGAGUGGGGGGUCUACAAGGAUGGAAGUGAGGGACAUAAGGCAUAUGUAUACGGAGCAGAGUACGAAACGGACACCUUCAAGAGUCGCUUUUCCUCUCUUUAUUACCAUGACGUACCCUGUGCUGUGUGCCUUGUUCAAAAUAGAUCCGUUGUGAAAAUGUUUCCAGCAAGAAAAACCUGUUACAAAGGGUGGAAUCUUGAGUACCAGGGUUACCUAAUGGCUGGAUACUAUAAUCAUCAGGCUGGUACAACAUACAAGUGUGUAGACAAGAAUCCAGACACCUUACAUGGCGGUAAAGGUGGUCUACAUGGCUACCUAUUCUAUUUUGUAGAAGGUCGCUGUGGUUCUUUAAAAUGUCCGCCAUAUGUUGAGGGAAGGGAACUAGUGUGCGCUGCAAUGGAGUUUUAUCUAGCCCUGGUUUUGCUACUUCACGUGGCUGAGGUAGAGACACACACAGAAAGUUGUAAAGACAUAUUACAGGGGUAUCUAACAGGACAACUGUCGUCUGCUCUAGGAGCAUAUCAAGUAGAAGUUUUAAGAAGGGAAUUCAAAAGUUUCACUGACGUCAUUGAGGCAUCGAUGAAGAAAUUCAAAACACAGGUGAACGCUACCAUACAGAAUGAACUCACUCAAGGAAACAGAAACGUUGUAUAUACGAGAUGGGGAAAGCCAAUUUGUCCCUCCAACGCAAAAUUAGUCUAUUCGGGUUUCGCCGGGGGAUCACAUUAUACUCAUAAAGGAGCGGCUGUAGACCCUCUUUGUUUACCGAAGGAUCCAGAGUGGGGGGACUACAAAGAUGGCGUUGAUGGGGCUAAGGCUUAUGUAUAUGGAGCAGAGUAUGAGACGAGUACCUUCACUAGUCGCUAUGCAUCAUUAAAUCACCAUGAUGUGCCAUGUGCUGUUUGCCUUGUUCAAAACAGAUCCAUUGUGAAAGUAUUUCCUGCAAGAAAAAACUGUUACAAAGGCUGGAAUCUUGAGUACCAAGGUUACCUAAUGGCUGGGUACUAUAAUCAUCACGCUGGUACAUCAUACAAGUGUAUGGACAAGAAUCCAGACACCUUGCCUGGCGGCCAUACUAUAAAAUAUGGCUCUCUUUUUUAUUUUGUAGAAGGUCGCUGUGGUUCAUUGAAAUGCCCUCCAUAUGUUGAGGGAAGAGAAUUAGUCUGCGCAGUUUGUUCUAAAAAAUGA